AAUGUGGUAAUAGAAUAUGGAAUUUAUUAUUAAGACGUUUAUGAAUAUGGUGAGUUAACAAACAGUAGACAGAAUACACAAAUUCAAAUACUGUACUUUAGAUUUCAAUUUUAAUAAAGUAUUACUAUUUUCUGCUUCAAGGCAUUACUUUUGAGAUUAUUAUAUAUAUUAGAAAAUAUAGCAUAAUGAUAACACUAGUUAUUGUAAACUUUACAAACCACCCAGCAGUAUGUAAAGUCAAAUUAUAAAAUACAAGUAAAUAACAAUUGCACAACAGAAUGUCAAUGUGUUCAUUACCGACACACUUACUUAGUUUUGACAAAGCACGCUGCUUAGGUAAAUGAUAUGAGUACUUGUUUAUCACUGAGCAAUUUGUUAAUAUGUGUUUCGAGCCAAAUAAAUGACAGGGAGCGAGAGAGAGAGAGAGAGAGAGAGAGCGUUACGUUAGAACACGUCGUAAUAUGGCAACCUCCCGAAAGGGAAGGGGGGGGGGGUCAAUCGUUGGGAUGCGCAUGCGCAGGCAGAUUGCGCGACCACCAGGCAUUGAACUUUCUAAGGGAAAAAACACUUUCUCACGGACCGUGACAGCGAAACGGAUAACAGUCUUCAGUACCUGCUGGUCUUUGAAGCUCUGGAUUCUGGGACUGUUGGAAAAGCUCCAACAAAAUGAGGAAGAGGAGGGAGAAACAAUUAGAUUGAAUUACAAUUGGAUGGAAGUCGAGGACAAGGAGAAGGAAGCUUAGGAUGAGGAGGAAGAAAAGCAGCAGGAGCAUCUUUAGGGAUCUCUAUGAUGUCAUUGAGAGGCGGCGGCGAGAGGGGAGACCUCGGCUCAUCCAGCUGGAGAACCUGACAAGGAGGAGUCGAACAUUAACUCUGCUCUUCCAGGGCACCCUGCAGACUCGGCUGCUGGCAACAGCGAGGGAGUGCGGCCGCCGCUGGGAUGACGUGAACGCCAAACAGGAGUCCAUCACAGGUCGACUGCAGCUCCUCGUCUCAGAGUGGGAGGGAUUUGAAGCACAAAGGGAGGAGCUUGUCAUUUGGUUGGCUGAUAUGGAUGUCCGCCUGAGUGAGGUUGACCAGCUGACAAAACUGAAACAACUGCAGGUGUGGGGUUGUUUUGAUAUAACAUAUAUUUGAUAUGAUACAUACGUCAGAGACAUUAUCCUAAACUGGACUAACAAAGGACCAUGAGUCCAACAUGAAACUUACCUUACAUAAGGUUAGGCUGAAGUUCAUUGAUAAUUUUAAUCAAAAACUUGUUGAAGUAUUUUUACUGAACAUGCAAACAUCUGCUGAUGAAAAUGUCUUGAUUUAUUGGUCUGUUAUGAAGCAAUUGCUAUUUCUAAUGUGUUUUUAUCACUUUCUGAUGUUUUAUUAAUUAAACAAUACAUGUAUUCAUUGUUGUGUUAUCUAUAGAUAUAGUAUUCAUAUAUAUAUAUUUAUUUAUAGUAUAGUAAAAAUGUUUAAUUAUUACUGUUUAAAUGACUAAUAUGUGACAUGUAUUAGUAGUGAU